GUCAUCGAAAUCUGUCACAUUUUUCAAGAAUCUUCAGAUCUAGAGAAGAAAAAAAAAGUGAAAAAAGUUUUUCUUUUUUGUACUUUUUUCAUAUUGCUAGUAGAAAAACAAGAAUUGUAUAGUGUGUAUAGAUAGAUGUGUAAAGUUCUAGAAUUGAGGUUUGAUAUAGCACAAGUGCUACAUUUAAGGCUUCUUUAUUACUUUCUUGUCUUCUUCUUUCCUAUGUGUACCCAAAAAAAGUAAUCUUUUUAAUUGUGUAUAUGUACAAAAACUUGAAUAAAAUAAUUAUUUGGAACUAUACUGUAUAUGGGUGUUUAUGUUUUUUAAUUAUAAGUAUAGUUUAAGGUUAAAGUUUUAAUCUUUAUCAAUAAUUAUGUAGUAAUUGAACAGUCAUUUUUGGGAGUCUCUUGAAGUUACUGCUACAGUAGACUAGUGUCUUGUGCUGUUUCAGUUUUCCUCUUUGUGACCACUCAUUUCUCUGUUAUUUUGUACUCAACAAAGUGUAGUGUGAAGUGGGGUAAGAGGGUUUUCUUCAAAUUUUUGGUUUUUGUGUUGUCAGCUUUGUCCACUUAACUAUUUGGUGUUUACAUUUGAGUUUUACCAACUCUUAAUAGGAUCUUGGUUAAUAGAUUUUCUUGGUUUUGCUAUAGUGGAGCAGAAGUUGAAUUCAGCACCGUCUUGACAAAUACCGUUUGAAGCAACAGUUGCCGGCUGAUUGAUAUUAGAGUUGAAGUUUUGGAUGCUUCUGAUGACGCUUAAACCGUGGCUUGCCAUAUCUAUUCUAUUUUUUUUCUUUAUCUCAAAUGUAAUAGGUGCAUUUGUUGGAAUAAACAUCGGCACUGAUGUAACAAAUUUACCCCCAGCUUCAGAUGUGGUUGCACUCCUUAAAGCUCGUCAGAUAACUCAUGUGCGCCUAUUUAAUGCUGAUGCUCAUAUGUUGAAAGCUUUAGCCAACACUAGUAUCGAAGUUAUUAUAGGCGUUACAAAUGAAGAAGUCCUAGGGAUUGGAGAGUCUCCAUCAACUGCAGCUGCUUGGGUAAAUAGAAAUGUAGCAGCUUACAUGCCCGGAACAAAUAUUACGGCUAUUGCUGUGGGAAGUGAAGUUCUCACCGCAAUCCCAAAUGCUGCACCAGUUUUGGUUCCUGCUAUGAAUUACUUACAUAAAGCAUUAGUAGCUUCACGACUAAAUAACCAAGUUAAAGUUUCAACCCCACAAUCAAUGGACGUGAUUGCUAAGGCAUUUCCUCCUUCCACUGCCACUUUCAAUUCUUCAUGGAACUCAACGAUCUUCCAGAUCCUUCAGUUUCUAAGAAAUACAAACUCGUAUUACAUGUUGAAUGCUUAUCCAUAUUAUGAGUAUGUUCACUCUGAUGGAAUCUUUCCAAUUGAAUAUGCUCUUUUCCAACCACUCUCUGCGGUGAAGCAAAUUGUUGAUCCGAACACCUUGUUUCAUUACGUAAGCAUGUUUGAUGCUUUAGUUGAUGCUACAUACAACUCUAUAGAAGCACUCAACUUUUCAGAUAUCCCUGUUGUUGUGACGGAGACUGGUUGGCCAUGGGCUGGCGGUUCAAAUGAGCCAGAUGCUACUAAGGAAAAUGCGGAAACUUUUAAUAAUAACCUGAUUCGGCGUGUUUCAAAUGAUUCCGGUCCACCCAGUCAACCCAAAAUUCCCAUUAACACCUUUAUUUACGAGAUGUUCAAUGAAGACAAAAGACCCGGGCCAAUCUCAGAAAGAAGUUGGGGGGUCUUUUCUACGAACGGGAGCGAUGUUUAUACCCUUGGUCUGGGUUCGUCAGACAGCAUUUCUGACAAUUCUAGUACAGCUUUUUGUGUAGCGAAACCGGGUGCAGAUGAGAACAAAUUGCAAGAUGGAAUUAACUGGGCUUGUGGCCAGGGACGUGCUAAUUGCAGUGCAAUUCAAUCUGGGCAGCCUUGUUAUUUCCCAGAUACUAUACAAAGUCAUGCUUCGUAUGCUUACAAUGACUAUUAUCAAAGAAUGCAUAGUCUUGGUGGAACAUGUGAUUUUGAUGGUACAGCAACAAUGACAACACAAGAUCCAAGUUCCAGAUCAUGUAAAUUUACCGGAAGUUCGAAUUCAGGUGGUGGGGUGUUCCCUCCGGCAGCAUUUGGACCUAUCGGUGCGACUUCUCAGUGUUCAACGAUUCGAUUGCCGGUUAUUGCUUACACAAUGGUUGUUUUUUUGGCUUUGUUGAUUCUUGAUGUGAAUGCACAUUUUGUUUUCUAGCAUAUUUAGGAAGAUUGAGAUCUUUGCAUUUUUGGAUUCCCUUUGUGUAUUUUGCAGGAAAAUUGAACCAACUCUUUUAGUUUGUUAGUUUAGAUGAUUGA